UCGACAAUAUAACUAUUUAAGUGCUGGAGACGUGUUAGUUUAUUAAUAGUACGUCCGUAAUACGUUAUUCUACAAUAAGUUGUUGGCAAAAGUGGCAAUGGAAGGUUUCGAACUCUUUAAACAAGGUGCCGAGGGCCGCAUCUUCAAAGGAACCUACUUGGGCAAACCCACAAUUGCCAAAGAGCGCUUUGUCAAGAAAUACAGGCACCCAGACCUCGACUCCAGCUUAACAAGAGAACGCAUUAAAAGCGAAAGUCGGUCGAUAAUUCGUUGUAAAAAUGCAGGAAUUAGGACCCCCGCUUUAUAUUUAGUCGAUUUUAAUCGACGUAUCAUAUUUAUGGAACAUUUCGAGAACAGUAUUGUUGUAAAAGACUUCAUUUCAAGUGUGAGUGAGGAAGUUGCUAAUAAAUUAGCUUGUAAAGUAGGCGCAGCGCUGGGAAAAAUGCACGCUAGUAACAUAAUUCACGGUGAUUUAACAACCUCCAAUAUGCUACUAGUGAACAAAAACAACCAAGCGGUGUAUGAAGAAUUGAAAGAUUUGGAUUUGAUUUUCAUAGAUUUUGGGCUAUCUCAUAUUGAGUCAAGCGCUGAAGACAAAGGAGUGGAUUUGUAUGUUUUAGAACGAGCGUUGAUAAGCACCCACAGUUUGGCGAAAUCAAUCUUUGAACAAGUUUUAGAUGGCUAUAAAUCUGAAUACAAAUCAGGCUUUAAAGAAGUGUUUAUUAAACUAGAGGAAGUUCGAGCGAGGGGGCGAAAACGGACAAUGGUUGGUUAAAAUUAUAGUCUUGACGGCAUUCCCCCAGCCACUAUUAUAGUUUCGCCGGUGAUAUAACUCGCGUCGUCUGACGCUAAAAAAGCAGCUGCUGCGGCGAUGUCUUGCGGCUGUGCUAACCUGUAAAAACCAAUAAACAUUUUUUCAGUUAUAAA